UUUGCAAUGCUUUUCCCAGAUUGUUCUUGGCAAUAUGCUGGAUAGCCAAGAAAUUGAAUUUAUUAAGUACCAAGUCGACUUCGGCGCUUAGACGGGAUCUGGCGGUUGAUGAAUGCUAGCACAAAAUUGCGCUCGUCUACAUAUGUGGCUUUGCCACACACAGUACUGCAGUAUUAGAACCAGUUUUUUCAUAGACGAACCUUGUAACAACAGACGUAAGAACUGUCUACGGGCAAUCUUGCUCGAAUUCUGACUAUAAAGACUGCUGUUAAAAACAGCACCAGCUUACCAACUAAGCAAAGGAUCCAGUCUGCAAAUGUGUCCAUGUUUGACCAUAUGAAGUAAAUGAGAUCUAAAGAAAUUAGUGGCCUGGAGCGAAAAAGAAAACAGAAAAAAUGAUGUCGGUGACUUGUAUUACCCAGUCCAUGUGCAUUGUGAUGCUUAUGAUUUUUGUCCUGGGACUGAUCUGUGUGAGGCCGAUUGAUGCUAAUCAAGAAACUGGGACCAUCCUUCCAGCUGAGAGUCGCCCCUGUGUGGACUGUCAUGCGUUUGAAUUCAUGCAGAGGGCGUUGCAGGAUUUGAAGAAGACUGCGUUUAACCUUGACUCAAGGACUGACACUCUUCUGUUGAGAGUGGAGAAGAGAGCUCUCUGUGAUUGUUUUCCUACCAGUGCACUCAGCUGAGCAGGCAUCUUCAAGGCACUCCUAACAACAAUACAAAAAUCCAUGUCUAAUCAUCAUCAUCAGCAGCAGCAGUGAUCUGUGUACAUCAUGUAAAGAAGCGCUGACCAAGGUUUUCAAAUCCCCUUUCUUACCUUUAUUAGCACUUGCAACAUUAUCACUGGUUCUCCUUGGGUAUGUUAUGUUUUUUUGCCUGUUUGUAUACAUUAGUUCAGGAUAUUGAGAUCGUUUUUAACAACAUAAGAAAUAGUACAUCUUCACAUGCCUGGGAGCACCCAAUGCUCUGUAUAUGUGGUGAUAACUGCAGCUCAGAAAAGCAGCUGAGCACACCUAAUUGGCCCUAUUAUUUUAUAUGUUCUGUUUGCAUUACUGUAAAAUGUGCCUGUUUUGUCCAAAGCGAUGUUAAUGUUUUAAAACUAUCCAAAAAAUAAAAGCAUGUAUGAGUGGGUCAGACUUUGUAUGAGCUGCGAUUGUCCUGAGUGCCUGUGACUUCUCCAAAUCCACGGCCAGUUUGUAUCCAAGCAAUGAGUAGAAGUGGUGCAUACAUGAGUUGCUUUGUGUUCCACGUUAUAAAAAGAGGGGUCAUUUUUAUCGAAUGCAGGGUCGUGUGCACAAUCUGCUGCUCCAUUUGUAGUUCAGUUUUAAUACAAGUCAUCACUAAACAUGGUACAGUUAGAAGAACAUCAGUAGUAGUUUCUGCUUUUUGUCAAGAUGAUUACUGUCUCUGUAUGUGCUGUAAAUACUAUAAAGACAUAAAUAUUUGCAAUCCUUUUAUUAUGUGUUUUUCGCGUAUGAAUAAAACAAAAAAACGCAAGCAUUUUUGGCACGAAUAAUCAAAUUCCACUAACAACAGAUACUUUGUAUAUUGCAACAGGUCACCAACAUUUCUGGAGCAAAAUAGGUUUUAUGGGUGUGAUUUGCCAAGUAUUUUGGUCGCAAAUACUUAUGGCUUUACAGUAUCUGCUGAAGUAUGUGUAAACUGUGAUCUUUGAGUUUCCUUUAGCUGUGGAAUUGCACUGAAAUGUAUCGGGAAAAUACGGAGCAUGCAAACUUCUCAAAUACUGUAAUGUUUCAUGUUUUAAGAAUGCCUUUGUUUCUACCUGUUUUUUGCUAGAUUUCAAUUGUUUUUGUAGUGUUGGUAUUAUUUUCACUGUUUGGAAUUGGUUGUUGUUUAGCCUGUAUUAAAACACACAACUAUGUUACAGUGUUUUUAA